UAUUUUAAACAAUGAAAACAAAAAAUUAUAAUAUUUUACUAGAUAUCUCAAAUUAGUUCGAUCUUAUAAUAAAGUUAAGAACUGCCUAAAAAUUAAAAGAAAAUACUAUGGUGCGUCGCCCUGUACUAAAACCUAUAAAAUAUUAUCGCUCCGAGAGUUAAAGUCCGAAAAAGUGAUACGGUUUAUUUAAAUUUUCAGCAAUCGCUUUCAAGUUUAUAUAUUUUCAAAAUCUUGCUGAAGUCGAAUUAUUUUGAUAAAUUACUUAUUAUUAUGCGCAGCUGAUAAAUCACGGUAUUCCUUUACCGUCAAUCUUACGACUAGCUAGGCUGAUAUUAUUGUAAUACACUUCUAUACUUCUGAUGCUUCCGUUUAUACUAUUGAAAUGGAAAUAAUACAUGAAUCUCUGAAGUUACAGUCUCUACAAAUUGGCAUUGAAGAUCUACCUGAUGAGGUCCUUGAAUUUAUUUUAGGUUUUUUGCCACCAUACAAAGACUUACAGAAUUGUAUGUCUGUUUGUAGAAGAUGGUGUGACUGUGCCCAAAAUGUCUUACGAAAAACAUCAAUUAAAUUGGUAAAGGCUGUUGGUGAUUUUAAUAUUCUAUGGAAAAAUAUUGUUUCUACUGAUGUUGUACCCACUAUUACUAAAAGAUUUUCCCAUGCUGCUUGUGUCUUGGAAAAUAAUAUGUAUGUAUUUGGUGGAUGUACAACAAAUGCUACAUCAUUUAAUGAUUUAUGGAGGUUUGAUCUCUCUAUGAGGCAAUGGAUUAGACCUCUGGCAACUGGAACAUACCCUGUUCCAAAGGCAUACACAACAAUGGUAAAUUAUAAAGCAUGGUUAAUUGUUUUCGGAGGUUGGACUUAUCCAUCACUUUCACAGUACUAUCAAAAUGUCACAAUGUUUAAUGAUGUACAUUUUUACUGUGUGAACACACAUAAAUGGAUGCUUAUAAGUGCAGCUAACGCCCCUCCGCCAAUGGCUGGACAUUCUGCAUGCAUUAGAGGUGAUGAAAUGGUUGUAUUUGGAGGGCUGGUAAUGUCAGCAGUACAAAACUUCCAAAUUCAAUGCUCAAAUGAUGUUUGGGUAUUUGAUAUUACUACAUUCACAUGGAGAAAACAGCCUACAACAAAACCGAGGCCACCUCCCCGAUAUGCCCAAUCCAUGAUUAGACUUGAUAGUGACAGAUUAAUGUUGUUAGGUGGGGUGCAAACACUACAAAAUAGAUUUGUAUAUAGUGAUUGUUGGAUAUUAACAAUGAAAGGUCCAACAUGGACUUGGAAAGAAAUAGCUGUUAGAAAUAAAGAGUGGGCUUCAGCAAAUAUUUGGUGUAACCCUGCUUGCAAAGUUGGAGAUAAAGUGGUCAGUUUAAGUAGAAGUAGAAAUGGAUGGAACACAGCUAAACCUAUGGUUACAUCAGCAGUAAGAUUAUCAAAUUUUAACAGACCAGAAGGUGCACCAGUCUCCGUAAGAGUUGAACAAAGUUUACAAAGGCCUAUAGACAGGGAUCAAAACAUUAAUGGAAGGCGUGGUGUCUUACCACGGCAACUAUCUCAUAGAGAGAACCAGCUUAAUCCUCCUGGUCAGCCAGUAGCUGGGCCAAGUAACAAUCAAAAUAGGAAUAUAGACCCUGGUGCUCAAAAUAAUUUAUCUCCUAUUUUAAGUCCAAAACCAUUAUUAUCUAGUGAUUUUGAUCAUAAUAAGAAAGAGUCCACAUUAAGGAGGAAUAAGAAUAAAGGAAUGAAAAUUGUUAGACAAUUACAGGAAGCUAAUAAAUAUAGGAUGGCUGCUUUUGCUUGUGAUGCUGCUCAAAAUGACCCACCACCUGAAAACGAUCUAAUCAAUCAAAGACAGAUUGCCCACUUAGAAAGAUUAGAGGCCAGAAAUGGUGAGGAUGAUCAACAUGGCAACCCACCUCAAAGACAACCAGCAGUUAAAAAAAUUAAGCGUAACACUUUAACUAUGCAUGUACUAGACAUUUCGACAGUAGUCAAUGGAAAUUCAAUGAAUUAUGUCUCUUGGUUGUGUCCACGAUUGGGAGAGAUUAAUGGAGCACCUGAAGAACUAGUGAUGUAUUCUUUAGUUAAAGGCAAUGGAGAACUUAUAAUGUUUGGUGGUGUACAUAAUGAUAUAAGUGUUCCAAAUUACAUUGAACAGCAACAUGUGUAUUCAAAUUCUAUUCAUUUUAUUAUGCCACCACGAGACAUUAUAUGAAUGUGUCCAAAUCACAAGCUUGAUGGCCUAUUUAUAAAAUUUGUAGUGUAGCUAAAGAAAAUAAUAAAAUUGUAAGCUUAAAUGCACUACUCAAAAUUACUAUAACACAAAGUAUUGCUUGAAAGGCUUGUGUUAAUCUAAAAAAAAGUAGACUUUUUAUAUUAAAAAAAAUUAUGAUUAAUUCAUGCAAUUGCAAAAAUCUGAAUUAAAAAGUAAAUGUAUAUAUUAUCUGACCUUACAUGUAUAUACUU